GCGUCGGGAUUGGCUGGCUCUGGAGACUCCCGCCAGCGGGCUGUACUGUCACGUGGUGUGCUGUUUUCUUAUCACGUGGCCUCCACCCAGCGUAGGCUGCAUGAGGGGGGCGCUGCCGCCCUCAGCCCUGCUCCGCGGAAGGAAGCGGGAGGACAGCCCGAGGGUCUGGCCGAGCGAAGGCUCCGCGGGGUGCGUUGCCUGAGGUGUUUGUGGACGGAGACGGCAUUCGCCCCCUACUCCCAGGCCGCUCUGCUCCUGUCGCUACUUUGGAUGCCGGCUCUGCUCCCUGCGGCCUUCCGCCUUCUGUUGCUGCCCAGAGCCCUGCUGUGCAUGGCGUCCAGAAGUCCCCCGUCCCUGCCCACCCCGGCCUCGGGCUCAGGCUACGUCCCGGGAUCGGUGUCCGCAGCCUUUGUCACUUGUCCCAAUGAGAAGGUCGCCAAGGAGAUCGCCAGGGCCGUGGUGGAGAAGCGCCUGGCAGCCUGCGUGAACCUCAUCCCCCAGAUCACUUCCAUCUACGAGUGGAAAGGGAAGAUCGAGGAAGACAGCGAAGUGCUGAUGAUGAUUAAAACCCAGAGUUCCCUGGUGCCAGCUUUGACAGAUUUUGUCCGUUCCGUGCACCCUUACGAAGUGGCGGAGGUGAUUGCAUUGCCCGUGGAGCAGGGGAACCCCCCGUACCUGCACUGGGUGCACCAGGUCACCCAGUGCCUUUCCCGUCCCAGCACGGAUGUGCCAUGAUCUGAGGGUCAGAAGCGUGGACCCCUCACACACUUCAGUGCCCCGUCUUCCCGUGAAGUCUGAGCCCCAGUAAAUCCUGCCUUGGUUCUCUC